UUAAAAUAUAUAUGUUUACAACAACACAAACAUUAUUCAUUCUCGCUCGGUAGAAUUUCCACAUGUCUUCGGAAAAAACAAAUUCAAUGGCAAUCGUUUUUACCGAGAUCCUAGUAGCUAUUCAUAUUGUUCUUGUCGGGGUGUUAUUGGUGUAUUUAUGCUUGCAAUCCCGCAGAAAGGUAGGCCCCCUGAUGCUCUCUACACAGGAAAAGCUCAUCGCCAGAAAGAAAACACAAAAGAACGAUUAGAAAAGUUCAUUACUAGUUGAAGAAAGUGAAAGAUGAUAUUGAUAUAUUUAUACAUUAUGAAGUAGAGAGCUUCGGCUCAUUGUUUCUUUUGUUGUGCUUUGCUGCUCUCUUUUUCAUAUAAAUAUAUAGCAAUGUUCAUACACUUUUCUACACUAACUAUCUUAUAUCACAUUUUCUAACAUAUCAUGGACUCAAAAUCGACUCUCAAUUUUUAGUUUGCGUGUUUCCUUGACUACCAUGCUUAAUCAAUCUGCAUCCAUCAUGAAAUAUCUGGAAGCACUUUGUUGGCAGUUAUUCACCAGAGGCGCGAAUGAAUUCCAGGUGGGCGUGAUGAUUUCGAUAUGGUAACUUAACAAAAGAAGCGCCAGUACGUUUAUCACAAGUCAACUGCGAAGUAGACACACUUGCUUCCAAAUGUGAAGUUACAAAAUUAGUAUGAGCCACAUCUAAAAAAAAAUCCUCAACUAUUUAUCGAUAAAUAUGCCUAUUUA